AUGCAACAUGAGAAGGAGCUUUUUACGUUACGCUUCAAUAGAAUGAAUUCGACCAAUCUCAGGGCUGACACAACCGAAUUGGUUGAGGAAAAGGAAACCCCAGCGACCAAGCNCCUAUGGAUAGAAAGAAAGAUGCAGGAAAGGAAAAUGAAAUAUGAAAGAAAAAGAUGCUUUGGGGGUGUGAGAUACGCGGACGGGGAGUACGCAGCCGAACAACCGCAGGGGCUUCCAGCAGUGAUAGCUGAACUAACCAGAUGGGCCGCCCAAAACUUGGAGUUGACAUUUCAAUCGGAAAUCAACGUCGGAUCCCGGCUAUCCGAAAAACGCAGACUGAAGCGGAGGAUCACAAAAUGCAACACAACAAGGGGCGAACCAAGCGCUUGCGCGAAGGAAGAAGCGAAUCAAUCAGAAUGGAGACAGGGAAGAGAAGCGAAAGAGAGAUUUUCGAGCCUGCAAGCAGCAAGCAACAACGGCUGA